AGGACGGCCUCUCUGAGGCUUUUAAGGUUACCUCACAUAUUUUCUCUUCUGGCGAGUCUUCAAAAGCACAUUUACAGGGUCAAAGAUGGACCUUGUGCUCAACGUUGCAGAUUAUUACUUCUUCACUCCUUGUGUGUAUCCCUCAUCAUGGCCCGAGGACGAGCCUCUGCGGCAGAUCAUUGGCUUGAUGGUGGUCACCAACCUGGGUGCUGCAGUCUUAUAUCUAGGCCUGGGUGCUUUGAGCUACUUCUUCAUUUUUGAUCACAAAUUAAAGCAACACCCUCAAUUUUUGGAGAACCAGGUGCAACGUGAAAUUAAGUAUGCUUUGUGGUCUUUGCCCUGGAUCAGCCUACCAACAGUAGCAUUGUUUUUCGCUGAGGUCAGAGGAUACAGCAAACUGUACGACAGGGUCGAUGAAUCGCCCCUCGGAUGGUCAGGGCUGAUUUUCAGCAUGGUCUCUUUCCUGUUAUUCACUGACAUGUGCAUUUACUGGAUUCACAGAUUCCUUCACCACAAGUUGAUCUAUAAGUAUUUUCACAAACCACAUCAUGUGUGGAAGAUCCCCACUCCAUUUGCUAGCCACGCUUUCCACCCUGUGGACGGAUUUCUUCAGGGCCUGCCAUACCACAUAUACCCCUUCCUCUUCCCCCUACACAAGGUUCUGUACUUAGUCCUGUACGUGUUCGUCAACAUAUGGACCGUCUCCAUCCAUGACGGGGACUACCGUGUGCCCAGCCUGAUGGAACAAAUCAUCAACGGUUCAGCUCACCACACAGAUCACCACCUUUUCUUCGACUACAACUACGGGCAGUACUUCACCCUGUGGGACCGCAUUGGAGGCUCCUACCGCUACCCUUCAGCCUUGAUGGGGAAGGGGCCGCACGACCACAUUAAAAAACUGAUGGCAAAAGGGAAGCUGAACUCAAACAGCGUAAACGGCAACACUAAUAAAAAAAAAGGUGUUCAUGUCAAGAAAGAGUAGGUAGGCAGAUUAAGCAUCAUGAAUGAGUUUCAAGGUAAGGUUCAAGGUAAGUGCUUAUUCAUAAGAGACUCUUCAUCAAUACUAGUAAAGUAAAAUAAUCAGUUAUGCAUAAAAUUGCCAAAAGGAGGCACAAAAUGUGCAAAGGACAAAAGGAAUCAAAGAAAGUACAAAAAGUGUGUAUUUUUGCCAAAUAGUAACAUUCGCUGUGGCUACCCUGUUGGUAUUCUUGCUUUUGUGUAAUUUAAUAUGAAUAACUUAAAUUAACAGGUUUCUGUCAAGUAAGCGUCUAUAAUUUCGUUGUCAUAAACAUUCAAAGAAUGUAUGAAGAUUGACAGGACUCUCCCUUCACAUGACCUCAGUUCAUCUUUCCAUUAGCAGUUGUUAAAGUACACAAGACUGGUGAAGGUUUUUGCUGGUCUACAGUCAUCUUUUCUUAAAAGAGAUUCUGCGGUUUGCUUUUGAUAUAAAAAACAUUUCC